UAAGUGCAGACACAUUUGUUUCUGAAUCUUUUUUGGGGUACCGAGGAAAACUGCUCGCUGGAUGAAGUUCAGUUGCUCGCGACGAGCCAUCCAGUGCGGUUGGAUGGGCUCUGAAUAAAAAAGACAAAAGGAAAAGAAUCGAAAACGAUUACAAUAAAGUGAAAUAAGAACAGUCACAAAGAUAAGAAAGUGGCAUACAUAGAAGAAAGACUGUGAACCGGAAGUGCGAUUAAAAAAGGACAUUCACUGCUGCUGUGCGUGUGUGUGAGUGAUUGAGUGUGAGAGUGUGUGUUGGUUGCACAAUGGGGCUGCGUGUGGGCGUGGCCUUGGCACUGUGCCUCCUUGUCGCACUUUGUGGAGCCGAAUUGACGCCGCCAUAUUUCAAUCUGGCCACAGGCCGCAAGAUUCAUGCAACUGCCACAUGUGGCGAGGAUACCGAUGGACCUGAACUCUAUUGUAAACUCGUCGGUGCAAAUACGGAAAAUGAUCAUAUUGACUACUCGGUUAUUCAAGGACAGGUCUGCGACUAUUGUGAUCCCAAUAGUCCGGAUAAGAAUCAUCCGCCGGAGAAUGCCAUUGACGGCACUGAAGCCUGGUGGCAGAGUCCGCCCUUGUCCCGAGGCAUGAAAUUCAAUGAAGUCAAUUUGACCAUCGAUUUCGAACAGGAAUUCCAUGUCGCCUACUUGUUCAUACGCAUGGGUAACUCCCCGCGUCCAGGUCUCUGGACGCUGGAGAAGUCCUCGGAUUAUGGAAAGACCUGGACAUCCUGGCAACAUUUCUCCGAUACGCCCACCGACUGUGAAACCUACUUUGGCAGGGACACGUACAAACCCAUAACAAAGGACAACGAUGUCAUUUGCACCACGGAAUAUUCAAAGAUUGUGCCGCUGGAGAAUGGAGAGAUACCCGUGAUGUUGCUGAACGGACGUCCCUCGUCGACGAACUACUUCAACUCGUCGGUGUUGCAGGAAUGGACACGUGCCACAAAUGUGCGAAUUCGUUUGUUGCGUACAAAGAAUCUCUUGGGUCACCUGAUGUCGGUGGCACGACAGGAUCCGACGGUGACACGUCGUUACUUCUACUCGAUCAAGGACAUCUCGAUUGGCGGUCGUUGCAUGUGCAAUGGACACGCCGACACCUGUGACGUCAAGGAUCCCAAUAGUCCGGUGCGCAUUCUCGCCUGUCAAUGCCAGCAUCAAACCUGUGGCAUCCAGUGUAACCAGUGUUGUCCUGGCUUCGAGCAGAAAAAGUGGCGUCAGAACACAAAUGCUCGUCCUUUCAACUGCGAACCCUGCAAUUGUCAUGGCCACAGCAACGAGUGCAAAUACGAUGAGGAAGUGAAUCGUAAGGGUCUCUCCCUGGACAUCCAUGGACACUACGAUGGCGGCGGCGUCUGUCAGAAUUGUCAGCACAACACCGAAGGCACCAAUUGCAACAAGUGCAAGCCCAAGUUCUAUCGUCCUCGUGGCAAAUACUGGAAUGAAACAGAUGUCUGCACUCCCUGUAAUUGCGACCUGUCCUACUCAACGGGACACUGCGAGGAGGAGACGGGCAAAUGCGAAUGCCGUGCCGCCUUCCAGCCACCCAACUGUGACUCCUGUGCCUAUGGCUACUACAAUUAUCCGCAGUGUCGUGAGUGCGAGUGUUAUCUGAAUGGCACCAAUGGUUACAACUGCGAGGCUGUCAAUGGCAUUUGUCCUUGCAAGACGAACUUUGCGGGCGCUUUGUGUAAGGAGUGUGCCGAGUCCUACUAUGGUUUUCCCGAGUGCAAGGCCUGUCAGUGCAAUCGAUUGGGUUCGAUCAACAACGACUGCGAUGUGGUGUCCGGCAAUUGCACCUGUCUCAGCAACUGGGGAGGAGCACAGUGCGAACGCUGCAAGGAUGGCUACUACAAUGAACCAAGCUGCACCUACUGUGACUGUGAUCAUCAGGGCACCGAGUCGGAGAUUUGCAAUAAGCAGACAGGUCAAUGCAUCUGUCGUGAAGGAUUUGGUGGACCGCGUUGCGAUCGCUGCUUGCCAGGAUUCUACAAUUAUCCCUCGUGUCAGCCCUGCAACUGCUCCACCACCGGCAGCUCCGCCGUCACCUGUGACAACACUGGAAAAUGCAACUGUCUAAUUAAUUACUCUGGAAAACUUUGCAACAUGUGCAGCGCUGGAUUCUACAACUAUCCGGAUUGCUUGCCCUGUAACUGCGAUGAGCAUGGCUCCGAGGGCGUUACCUGCAAUGAGGAUGGCUGUUUCUGUAAACCCAACUUUGAUGGUCGCCAGUGUGAGAGAUGCAAGGACACGUUCUACAACUUCCCCUCCUGCGAGGACUGCAAUUGUGAUCCCGCCGGUGUCAUCGAUCAGUUUGCCGGCUGUGGAUCGGUUCCAGUUGGAGAACUUUGUAAAUGCAAGGAGCGUGUGACGGGCAGAAUUUGCAAUGAGUGCAAACCGCUUUACUGGAAUCUGACCAUUAGCAAUUCAGAGGGUUGCCAGGAAUGUGAUUGCUUCAUAGAUGGCACCAUCUCGGGACUGGACACUUGUGCCUCCAAGUCGGGAAAUUGUCAUUGUAAGCCGCACACGACGGGACGACGUUGUAAUGAGUGCAGAGAUGGCACCUUUGACCUGGAUGGUUCCUCGUUGUUCGGCUGCAAGGAUUGUAGCUGUGAUGUGGGUGGUUCCUGGAAGAGUGAAUGCGACAAGGUCACCGGCCAGUGCAAGUGUCAUCCACGCAUCAAUGGACGUGCCUGCACCCAACCCCUGACGACCCACUACUUCCCCACUCUGCAUCAGUUCCAAUACGAGUACGAGGAUGGCUCUCAGCCAUCGGGUGCCCAGGUGCGUUAUCAAUACGACGAUGAGGUCUUUCCGGGCUUCAGCAGCAAGGGUUACGCCGUAUUCAGUGACAUUCAGAAUGAGGUGCGCAACGAGCUGACCGUCUUCAAGUCCUCCGUCUAUCGCAUUGUCAUACGCUACAUGAACUCCAAUGAGAAGAAUGUGACGGCCAGCAUAUUGAUACAAUCGGAGAAUCCACUGGAGGUGGAUCAAAACGUCAAGGUUUUAUUGCGUCCGACAACGGAACCAGAGUUUGUCACCGUCGCUGGACCCAAGGGCAAUAAACCCUCAGCUGUUGUUCUCGAUCCGGGACGUUAUAUCUUCACCACCAAGGCGAAUAAGAAUGUAAUGCUUGAUUACUUUGUGCUCCUGCCGGCUGCUUACUACGAGGCUUCUAUUCUAACACGCCAUAUUGCCAAUCCCUGUGAGCUGGGCAACAUGGAGCUGUGUCGUCAUUACAAAUACGCUUCCGUUGAUGUCUUUGAACCGGCCAAGGUGCCCUUCAUUGUGGGCAGCAAUAAUGAGCCGACCAAUCCCACGGAUUUAUAUAGCGAUGCAGAGCAUCUGGAGAUUGUUAGCCAUGUUGGAGAGAUUCCUGUGCUGAGUAACACACAAAAGGAGCUGAUUUACAUGAUGGAUGUGCCGAGAAGUGGACAAUAUAUCAUUGUAAUCGAUUACAUCAGUGAGAAGAACUAUGCGUUGCCCUAUGAUGUGAGCCUCAGGCUGGGCAAGGAUGAGGAAACCCAAUCCUCGGUGUAUCUCUAUCCCUGUCUCUACUCCACCAUCUGUCGCACGCCCAUUAACGAUGAGGAUGGACACGAAAAGAUCUUCUACAUCAACAAGGAUGAUUUGCAACCAGUUACCAUUUAUGCGGACACUGAUGAUGAUUUCCGUGUGCCCAUCAUUUCGGUAACCGCAAUUCCCGUGGAACAAUGGUCUAUUGACUACAUCAAACCCAGUCCAGUCUGUGUAAUCCACGAUAAAAAAUGCGCUACACCGAAAUUCCGUUCAGUGCCCGAUUCCAAGAAAAUUGAAUUCGAAACGGAUCAUGAGGAUCGCAUUGCCACCAAUAAACCUCCCUAUGCCGUCCUCGAUGAGCGUGUUAAGCUCGUGCACUUGGACAGUCGACAGGAUGGUUCAAUUGUCAUCGAAUCAAAGGUCUCCGACCCGAACCGUUAUGUCAUCCUGAUCAAGUACUAUCAGCCCAAUCAUCCCAAGUAUCAGGUGCUCUACACUUUGACCGCGGGCAAGAAUCAAUACGAUGGCAAAUUCGAUAUACAACAUUGUCCAUCUAGCUCGGGAUGUCGUGGUGUCAUCCGACCUAUGGGAGAUGAUGAAUGGUUCAAUAUUGACGACGACUUCAAGUUUACCAUGACGAAUUCGCGUCCUCAAGGCGUUUGGCUGGACUAUUUGGUCGUGGUGCCAGUGGAUCAGUACAACGAUGAUCUGCUUGUUGAAGAAACAUUCGAUCAGACCAAGGAGUUCAUCAAGAACUGCGGUCAAGAUCACUACCACAUCACGCACAAUGCCAGCGAUUUCUGCAAGAAUGCCGUCUUCUCCUUGACCGCCGACUACAACAGUGGUGCCUUGCCCUGUAACUGUGACUACGAGGGAUCCACCAGCUUCGAGUGCCAUCCAUUUGGUGGUCAGUGUCAGUGCCGUAAUAAUGUCAUUGGACGACAGUGUACCGCCUGCAGACCUGGCUAUUUUGGUUUCCCCGAUUGCAAGGCCUGCGAUUGUCCGAGCAUUGCCAUGUGCGAGCCAAAUACUGGAGAAUGCCAGUGUCCCACCAAUGUCAUUGGAGCUCUAUGCGAUAAAUGUGCUCCCAAUACAUAUGGCUUCCAUCAGGUGAUUGGGUGCGAGGAGUGCAACUGCAACUACAUGGGCAUUGCCAAUGGGAAUCAGCAGUGCGACAUGUUCAACGGAUCCUGCGAGUGUCGGGACAACAUCGUGGGACGAGCCUGCGAUGGAUGUGCCAAUGGAUUCUAUGAGUUCCCGCGCUGCAACCGCUGUAGUUGCCAUCAGCCAGGCACCGAGCUGGAAGUGUGCGACAAAAUGGAUGGCAGCUGCUUCUGCAAGAAGAAUGUGGUGGGCAGGGACUGUGAUCAGUGUGUGGAGGGCACCUACAAUCUGCAGGACCAAAAUCCCGAUGGUUGCACCACUUGCUUCUGCUUUGGCAAGACCUCGCGUUGUGACAGCGCCUUUUUGCGGGUCUACAACGUUAGCCUGAUGAAACAGGUGUCCAUUAACUCGGCCGAUUUCCUGGAGAAGAGCAUUGAAUUCGAAAUCUGGGAUGUUAGCCAAGCGGAAUUGAUAGUGAAUGAGACAACAUUGGAGGCGGACUUUAGCAAUCGGGAAGUGACAGAUCAACGUGUCGCCUACUUUGGAAUGCUCGACUAUCUGCUCAAUCAGAAUAGUCACAUCUCGGCUUAUGGUGGCGAACUGGUCUAUACCCUGUACUUUACCUCCGGCUUUGUGGGCAAGGCCAUUGUUGCUCCCGAUGUGAUAUUGCUGAGCAAGGAUCAGUUACUGGUGCAUCAGAGCUAUGAGCAGCCCAGCAGCAAUCAGCCGUUCAAGAAUCGCAUACAAAUGGUGGAAAGUAAUUUUAUGACGCAGACGGGAAAACCUGUAAGUCGUGCGGACUUUAUGAUGGCACUGCGGGAUCUGACCAAGAUCUUUAUUAGAGCCAAUUACUGGGAACAAACGUUGAAUACACAACUUUCGGAUGUCUAUUUAACGCUGGCCGAUGAGGAUGAAGAUAGCCAUGGGGAAUAUCAAUUUUUGGCCGUGGAGCAUUGUCAUUGUCCGCCCGGUUACAGUGGACACUCAUGUGAGGAUUGUGCGCCGGGUUAUCACCGUAUUGAAAAUGGUCCCUAUGGCGGUUAUUGUGUGCCCUGUGAUUGCAAUGGACAUGCGGAUACUUGUGAUUGUGCCACUGGAAUUUGCAGCAAUUGCCAGCACUCGACACGUGGUGAUCACUGCGAGGAAUGUGUCGCUGGUUACUAUGGCAAUGCCACACAUGGCACACCACAUGAUUGCAUGAUCUGUGCCUGUCCGCUGCCCUUCGAUUCCAAUAACUUUGCCACCGGCUGUGAGAUUUCCGAGUCGGGUAAUGAGAUACAUUGCGAGUGUCGGCCGGGUUACACGGGACCACGUUGUGAGGCGUGUGCCAAUGGCUUCUAUGGCUCACCCGAAACGGCUGGCGAUGUCUGCAAGCCCUGUGAGUGCUCUGGCAACAUUAAUCCCAGCGAGCAAGGCUCCUGCGAUACGCGAACUGGCGAAUGUCUGCGUUGUCUGAACAACACCUUUGGCAUGGCUUGUAAUCUCUGUGCGCCGGGUUUCUAUGGCGAUGCUGUCGAUCUGAAGAACUGUCAGACCUGUGACUGCGAUGAGCUGGGCACUCUGGAAUGUGAUCCCUAUGUGGGCAAAUGCAAGUGCCAUGAGAAUGUCAUCGGCGAACGCUGUGAUCGCUGCAAAGCCGAUCAUUAUGGCUUCGAUUCGGGUGCGGGUUGUCGUGCCUGUGACUGUGGAGCUGCUUCCAACUCCACUCAAUGUGAUUACCACACAGGACACUGCCUCUGUAAGCCGGGUGUGACGGGACGACAAUGUGAUCGCUGUGCUGUAGAUCAUUGGAAGUACGAGAAGGAUGGCUGUACGCCAUGUAACUGCAAUCAGGGUUACUCCCGAGCGGGAACAGGCUGCAAUCCCGAGACGGGACAAUGUGUCUGUCUGCCGGGCGUGAUUGGAGAUCGUUGUGAGAAGUGUCCCAAUCGUUGGGUGCUCACCGAAGAUGGUUGCAUGGAGUGCAACAAUUGUCAUGAUGCUCUGCUCGAUGUCACCGAUAAACUAAAGUAUCAAAUUGAAGGAGUCUUGGAGGAUUUCGGUACCGUAACAAUGGCAUUCUUCACAAGUCAAAAGCUCAACUUUUACGAUCAACUGGCGGAUGAACUGACGCCAAAGAUACAAGCAUUGGAUCCGACAAGUGUGAAUCUAUUGCCAUCACGAGAGCUCAACAUGAAACUGGAGGCAGAUAGCAAAGCUUAUGCCAAGCAGGUUAAUCAGACACUCGGCAAUGCUUUGGACAUACAUCAUAGAUCGGGAGUUCUAUUAACCAAUGUCUCUGCCGUACAUAAAGAAGCUUUGGAAAGCGUUAAACAGGCCAGUGAUGCAAUUGCUGCUGUGGAUGCGCUCUCCAAGAAUCUAGAGGCAACAGCCACCACAAAGAGUGGCGCCGCCUUGGAGCAGGCUCAACAGAUACUCAACAAGAUCAAUGCCACACAGAUUGAGCUGCAAUCCAAUGAGUUGGUGCUCAACAAGGCCAGAGAACUCUACGAUGAGGUGGACAAGCUGGUGGAACCGAUUAAGCAACAAAACAAAAGUCUCAAUUCCCUAAAGGAUGACAUUGGUGAGUUCAGCGAUAAGCUGGAGGAUCUAUUCAACUGGAGCGAGCAAUCCCAAACACAAUCCAGCGAUGUGGAACGUCUGAAUGUGGCCAACAAACGUUCCUAUGACAAUUCCAAGUUCGAUACGGUCUCGGAGCAGGAACAGGAAGCGGGCAAGAACAUUAAGGAGGCAGGAAACUAUCUCAUCAAUGGAGAGCUCACGCUGGGACAGAUUGCCAACAAGCUGGAAGAUUUGCGUGGUGCACUCGAGGAACUGAAGUUGGUGAACAAGGGCGUCGAUGAAUAUCUGCCGGAACGCGAUGAGCAGCACAAGGAUGCGGAUGCACUGACUCAGCAGGCGGAACAACGUGCCGCCGAGUUGAAUGCACGUGCUGUCGAUUUGGCCAAUCAGUAUACGGACAUGACGGCCAGUUCGGAGCCGGCGAUUAAAGCGGCCACCGCCUACUCGGAUAUUGUGAAAGCCGUGGAGGACGGCGAGCAAUUGAGUCAGGAUGCCAUCAAGGCUGCGGAGAAUGCCGCCCAGAUACGCAAUGGCAUUGAGGAGCGUGCCGGCAAUGCGGAUAAUGAAUCCGCCGAGCUGCUGCAAAAGGCAAAGCAAUCCUUGCUCAAGGUGCAGGAUGAUUUGGAGCCGAGACUGGAUGAUGCCGCUGGCAAGGUGAAGGACAUAUCCGAAUUAAAUGCCGAUACGGAAAAUAAACUAAAGGAAAUCAAUUUGUUGAUUGGCAAAUUGCCGGCGGAAACGCAACGGGAUUUGUGGAAGAGCUCCAAUAAUAAUGCUAGUGAUGCACUCGAGAUUCUGCACAAUGUGCUGGAGACACUGGCACCCGUGAGCAGUCAGACACCCAAGGAGCUGGACAAGGCAAGAAACAUAAGUCGCGAUGUCGACAUAACCAACAAGGACAUUUCGCAGGCAAACAAUCAACUGGACAAUGUGGCAUUAUCCGUGCCCAGAUUAAACGAGCUGGUUAAGGACAUUGACGAGCAACAACAGAGCGUGAGCACACAGAGUCAACAGCUUGGCAAGGACAUUGAGCAUCUGAAGCGGCAAAUUGAAACGGCCCGCCGGAUAGCCAACAGCAUCAAGGUGGGCGUGAAGUUUGCGCCGAGCACAGUGCUGGAAUUGAAGACGCCGGAGCAGACGCCAAAGUUGGCCACCAAAACGAAGCUAUCCACGUAUUUCAAGACACAGGAGCCCAACGGAUUCCUGCUCUAUUUGGGCAAUGACAACAAGACCAGUCAGAAGAAUAAUGAUUUUGUCGCCCUAGAGAUUGUCAAUGGUUAUCCCAUUAUGACCAUUGAUUUGGGUAAUGGUCCGGAGCGCAUAACAAGUGAAAAAUAUGUUGCCGAUGGCAAAUGGUAUCAGGCCAUCUUGAAUCGUGUGGGUGCCAAUGCCCAAUUGACCAUAAAGGAGCAAUUGGCCAAUGGCGAGGUGAAGGAUCAUGUUAAUACCGGCAAACUGGAGGGUGCCAACAAUGUGCUCCAUGUGGAUCGCAAUAGUCGGCUGUUUGUGGGCGGCUAUCCGCCGCCAUCUGAUUUUAUGGCGCCCAGUGAUAUACGCUCCAAUUCGUUCCGUGGCGAUAUCGAGGAUCUGCGCAUUGGCGAUGAGAAUGUGGGACUCUGGAACUUUGUCUAUGCCGAGGAGAACAGGCAGGCGGCGGUGGAAAGAGGUGUGCUCCUCGAGGAGCAAAAACCAGUGACGGGUUUGAGAUUCAAGGGCAAUGGAUUUGUGCAAUUGAAGGCAGCUCCAUAUAAUUUCAAGUCCCGAUCGAGCAUACAGUUUAAAUUCAAGGCUGCCAAGGAUGCCAGCAAUGGUCUGUUGUUCUUCUAUGGACGCGAUAGGCAUUUCAUGUCCAUUGAGCUGGUGGAUGGCGCCAUCUAUUUCCGCUUUAAGCUGGGCGACAGCUUGGUUUCCUCCGGCAGCCAGGAUCGCUACAAUGACAAUCAAUGGCAUCAUGUGGUGGCCGAACGGGAUGGUCGACGUGGUCUGCUCAAGGUCGAUGAUGUGCUCAUCAAUCAGGAGGAAGCGGAUGCCGAUGCCGACCACGAGAUGCCCAAGCUCAAGCGCAUGUACUUUGGCGGUUAUCCUGGACGUCACAAUCACUCGGAGAUUGUCGAACAGAACUUUGAUGGUUGCAUCGAUGAUGUGCGCAUCUCUGGCAUCCAUGUCGAUCUGACGCAGUACGUCAAUGGCACCGGCGUUGUCGAGGGCUGUCCCGACAAGUAUUCCACCUCCUUGUCCUAUCCACCACAUGAAUAUGGCUAUCUGCGCAUUGCCAAUGUCUCCUCGGCGAAUAAUUUCGAUGUUGUCAUACGCUUCAAGACCCGACAACCCGAUGGCGUCAUCUUCUAUGCCGCCAAUCAUGAUCAGAGCUCUACAAUUGGCCUGACCAUAGAUCGGGGCUAUCUUACACUGCGCAGCAUGGGCAGCGAACUUGUCAUCGAUCAGCGACAGUACGACGAUGGCGAGGAUCAUGUGGUCACUGUCCAUCAUGAUCACAAUCAGCUGAGAUUAUCUGUCGACGACUUAGAGGAUAAACGUUUGCUGGAGAUACCGGAACCUUUAGUGAUCAGCGGUGGCGAUAUAUUCUUUGGCGGUCUGCCUGAUAAUUAUAUACCGCCCAAGGGUGUCAUCUCCACAUUGGCGUACUUUGUGGGCUGCAUCAACGAUGUCACUGUCAAUGGGGAGAUUAUCAACUUUGCCGACAGCGCGGAGAGGAAGAAUGGCAAUAUCAAUGGUUGUCCUCAGGAUAUACUAGCUUAUGAGCCCAGUCAACUGUACACUUAUUAUCCCUCGGGUGCCAAUGAGCUGGAGCCACCGGCACCAGCGCGACACCCCAACAGAGGUGACACCAUGGAGUCCUAUGUGGCACCAGCAACAACCCCCGCAACAACAACAACAACCAGCACUACACCAGCAACCACAACAACGACAACAACUAUGGCACCAAAUACAACAACUGCCGCACCAGUUGUUGUGAAAGAGGAUGAAACACUGCCACCACUGGGACCACCGACAACACCACGCACGCUGGUGACUAAACCACGUCCAGAGCCAAAUCUGCCCACUGACUUACGCUGCAAGCUGCCCACGAAUCCCAACUAUGAUGUGGACUUUAACGAGGCUGGCUAUCGAUUCUAUGCGUACCCGGAACAGCGUUUGGAAUAUCAUACAUUGCCAGUGAAAUUGCGAAAGCAUUAUGACAUAAGCAUAAGCAUACGCACCAAUUAUCCAAAUGGUGUGCUCUUCUAUGCCACGGCUGCCACGGAGAAGGAUCACUUUAUAGUCGUCUAUCUGCUGGAUGGUCGUGUGCAUCAUCAUGUGAGUGUGGGCGCAUUGAUCAAUGCCAAGGUGUCCGGCGUGAACGAGAUCCAUGAUGGCGAAUGGCACACUGUGGAGUUUGUGCGCAACAAGAACAUGAUCAGUCUGUCCAUCGAUGGCAAGGAGCAACCCGGCUCGGUGCAGCUAAACAGUGAACGCAGUGCGCCCGCCAUGUCUGUGGUGUAUCCCAUCUACUUUGGCGGCUUCACCAAAUAUCAAGAGUCCGAUAUCAAGCAGUGGACAACGUUGUCGGGUUCAACAGCCUAUUACAAUGGUUGCCUUCGGGAUAUCAAGGUCGAUGGCACUGCUUUGGCAACGGAACCAGUUGUGCACAAGGUUGUGCCCUGCACGGAUCAAGUGGAGGAUGGCAUGUUCUUCCAUCAGCCCACGGGUUAUGUGAAGCUCUUUGAACGCUUCACGGUCGGCGCUGAGGCAACAAUCAGCUUUGAUUUCAGGCCACGGGAACCAGAUGGUCUGCUCUUCUCGGUGCAUGGCAAGAACUCGUAUUUGAUACUGGAGCUGGUGGAUAAUACGCUCUAUUUCACCGUGAAAACGGAUGCCAAGAAUACGGUUGUGGCCAAUUAUACGCUCAAUGAUAAUGCCAGUUUCUGUGAUGGCAAAUGGCGUAAUGUACAGGCCAUCAAGUCCAAGUUUGUCAUCACAAUUGCCGUGGAUUAUGUCAGCUCACAGCCGGGAGUUGGCAGUGAAGGAUCUGCGGUGACCAAGACGAAUCGUCCAUUGUUUAUGGGCGGUCAUCAUGCGUUCCUCAAGGCGCCGGGCAUUAGGACCAAAAAGACAUUCAAGGGUUGCAUCCGGGAUGUUCAUAUCAACAAAAAGAAGGUCUUCAUCACUCCCAAUCUCAUCUUUGGCGACAUCUGGCAAGGAGUUUGCCCCAUAAACUAAACACCGACCUCAAGCGAACUCACAACGGACUAAUUACGACCGAUUUCCCCAAUUUUUACGUAAAAUAAUCCAACAUGGAGAGAUGACAACAUCUGGAUGCGAUUGAUGGACUACGAACGAACAAAUUCUACUACGAACAAUUAUAUCGACGAGCUGUCGCCUGGAAACUAGAAGUUCUCAUAACUCUAGAGCUUCUAGUAAAACUGCUCGUCGUACAAAUAUCUAUUCUAUAAGUCUUAACUUGUGCCAAUUUAUUAAAUCAACAGAUUUCUUUAAAUAUAUCAAAUAUAUUCUUGUAACUUGCCUUAAAUAAAUUUCAAAUCAUGCUUUAAAGUAACUACCAAAUGAUAA